AAUGACAUUCACCACACACACACACGCGCACAAACACGUUCACCAGAAGGGGAGGGUCUUCCCUGCUCCGUUGCUCGGAAAAAAAAAAAUUAAAGCUCCUUUAUUGUCUGCCAAAGAAAAGGGAAGGAGACGGAGAAUGUUGGACUAAUAAAAACGCACAACCCUUGGGAUUUCUGGCCACACAACGCGGAUAAGACAGUCUGCCUUUUUUUGGAUUUCAAAAGGGUCAACAUUGAAACAAAAUGGCUCUUCCAGAUAACUCGCCAUUUCCAGACAUCAUAGAAUUGAAUGUCGGCGGUCAAGUCUACAUAACCCGUUAUCCCACUUUGAUCAGCAUCCCUGGUUCCCUCCUAUGGGAAAUGUUUUCCCAAAAAAACGUUCGCCUUCUGGCCAGGGAUAGCAAAGGCCGUUAUUUUUUAGAUCGCGAUGGAUUUCUCUUCCGAUAUGUCUUGGAUUAUUUGAGAGACCAACAACUAGUGCUUCCAGAACAUUUCCCCGAACGAAGUAGAUUGCAGAGGGAGGCCGAGUAUUUCAAGCUCCCGGAAUUAGUCAAAAUCUUGGCACCAAAAAUCAGUAAGCAAAACUCUGCCGGAGACGACGCCUUUCCGAGUGACUCAGAAGACCAAUCGCCCGGUAUUGAGAUUGGCAGGAAUCUAACAUCCUUCGAUACUCUCCUUGCAACGGGCAACCAAUCCAUUUCGGACCUUCAUAGGUCUGGUUUCAUAACUCUAGGUUACCGGGGCUCCUACACCUUAGGAAGAGACAGUCAAACAGAUGCCAAAUUCAGAAGGGUGGCAAGAAUAAUGGUAUGUGGCAAGACGUCGCUCGCUAAGGAAGUCUUCGGAGAUACCCUGAACGAGAGCCGGGAUCCGGAUCGACCCCCCGAAAGAUAUACUUCUAGGUACUACCUGAAAUUCACUUUUCUGGAACAAGCGUUUGAUAGGUUGGCAGAUGCUGGAUUUCAUAUGGUGGCGUGUAACUCUACUGGAACAUGCUCCUUUACGCACGAUCUAACAGAUGACAAGAUCUGGACAUCUUACACGGAAUACGUUUUUUACCGUGAGUGAUGAAAACCAAUUAGUUAAAGAAACUAAAGUAGACUUGUGUCCUUGCCCAUCUCUUCCUUGCCCCUUUUUCCUGCAGUGAACCAUGUCUAGAUUCUACACCAGCCUUUUCUUCAUUCCCCAACUCUUUGCCACACAGCCAACUAGUUCCCCCCCCCCCCCGAUGUCCCCAUCCCGAUGUCAUUUUUCCACCUGCUCCGUUACCCUUUAGAUCCAAAGCCUUUGAUUUUCCUGAUGGAUUUUCUCCUAAGCUUUGAUGAAAAGAAGACCUUGAACCCUUCCAACAUGCCAUUCUCCGAAAUCUUUUCUUUUUUGUCGUAUUGUGAAUAUCUGUUAUUUAUUUGAGACUUUGCAAUUUACUGUCAGAGAAAACCUAAAGCCAGACUCACUGUGUUCUUCCACUACAGCGAUAUAAUAUAGAGAAAUAAAAAACACUAAAUACAAAA